GGAACUUGUGCCGCUGUACUGGAUACAGGCCGAUCCUAGAUGCUGGUAAAACCUUCUGUAAGGAAUCCAUUUGUUGUCAAAGGAAAGCAAAUGGAAAGUGUUGCUUGGAUCAGGAAGAUGAUUUGUUUGACAAGGAAGAUAAGGUUGCCACCAAACUAUUUUCAACAGAUGAAUUCCAGCCCUUAGAUCCCACCCAGGAGCUUAUAUUUCCUCCAGAACUAAUGAGAAUGGCUGAAAAUCAACCAAAAAGAACUCUGGCUUUUCGUGGGGAACGAAUGACCUGGAUUUCUCCUGUAAGCUUAGAUGAAUUACUGGAUCUGAAAGCUGCCUACCCCAAAGCACCUCUUGUGGUUGGGAACACCAGUCUGGGACCUGAGAUGAAGCUUAAAGGUGUGUUCCAUCCAAUUGUUGUUGCUCCUGCAAGGAUCCCGGAUCUGAAUGUGGUGAAAUUCAUGGAUGAUGGAUUAACUCUGGGAGCUGCCUGCAGCCUCUCUCUAGUGAAAGACAUCUUGACAAAUGCAAUCUCAGAGUUUCCUGAAGAAAAGACACAGGUUUUCUGUGCUGUCUUGAAGCAAUUAAGAACUCUGGGUGGAGAACAGAUAAGAAAUGUUGCUUCAUUAGGUGGAAACAUCAUAAGUAGAAAAUCAACCUCAGACUUGAAUCCUAUUCUGGCAGCCAGCAACUGUAUUCUCAGUCUGGCUUCAAGAGGAAGAAAACGACAGAUUCCUUUGAGUGAUAUUUUUGCAGAUGGAGUUGGUAACAAUACCAUUACUCCAGAAGAGAUUUUAGUCUCUGUCCAUAUUCCUCAUUCUAGGAAGGGGGAGUAUGUCUCUGCGUUUCGACAAGCACCAAGACGGGAAAAUGCUCUCCCAAUAACCAAUGCUGGAAUGAGAGUCCUUUUUGAAGAAGGUACAGACAUAAUAAAGGAUUUAAGCAUCUUCUAUGGAGGUGCUGUCUCGACCACAGUCUGUGCAAAACAAACCUGUUGCACACUUGUUGGAAGACACUGGAAUGAACCAAUGUUGGAUGAAGCUUGCAGACUGGUUCUUAAAGAAAUUGCUCUUCCAGGCUUAGUCAGUGGUGAAAAAGUAAACUACAAGAAAACUUUGAUAGUCAGUUUAUUCUACAGAUUUUUCUUGGAAGUACUGCAGUCACUGAAGAAAAUGGAUCCUUGCCACUAUCCUGGCAUACCUAUGGAAUAUAUGAGUGUACUACAAGAUUUCCAGACCAAAAUGCCCCUCAGUAUCCAAAUAUACCAGGACAUAGAGCCAAGUCAGUCUCCCCAGGAUCCCGUAGGACAGCCCAUUAUGCACCAGUCUGGAAUUAAGCAUGCCACUGGUGAAGCAGUUUACAUUGAUGACCUUCCUCCUGUGGAUGGAGAGCUCUUCCUGGCUGUCAUCACUAGUUCCAGAGCUCAUGCUAAGAUUGUAUCUAUAGAUGCCUCAGAGGCUCUAAAAGGACCAGGAGUGUUUGAUAUCAUAACAGCUCAUGAUGUACCAGCUGCAAACGAGUUUUACUACUCUGAUGAUCCAGAGAUUAUAUUUGCAAGAAACAAGGUGAUUUGUGUGGGUCAGAUUGUCUGUGCUGUGGUUGCGGACUCAGAUGCUCAUGCCAAACAAGCAGCUGCAAAAGUGAAGAUAGAGUAUGAAAUGCUGGAACCAGUGAUCUUAACAAUUGAGGAAGCUAUAAAGCACAACUCGUUCUUUGAGCCAAAAAGAAAAUUAGAACAAGGAAAUGUUGAUCAGGCAUUUGAAACUGUUGAUAAUAUAAUUGAAGGGGAGAUUCACAUUGGGGGACAGGAACACUUUUACAUGGAGACUCAGAGUGUGCUGGCUGUUCCAAAAGGAGAGGAUAAAGAAAUGGACGUGUAUGUGUCAACACAGCAUCCAGCAAUUAUUCAGGAGGUGGUAGCUGCAAGUUUAGGCGUUCCAGCCAACAGGAUUAUGUGCCAUGUUAAACGAGUUGGUGGAGCUUUUGGUGGGAAACUCCUGAAAGCUGGCUUACUGGCAUCAGUUGCUGCAGUGGCAGCAAACAAAACCAACAGAGCAGUCCGUCUUAUUCUGAGCCGUGGGGAUGAUAUGUUAAUCACUGGUGGUCGACAUCCUUUUAUUGGUAAAUAUAAAGUUGGUUUCAUGAAUGAUGGUAGGAUCAGAGCUGUGGAUGCUAAAUAUUACGUUAAUGCAGGAUGCACCCCUGAUGAAUCUGUCUUGGUAGCAGAAGUAGCCUUAUUAAAAAUGGACAAUGCAUACAAGAUUCCCAACUUGAGGUGCUGGGCUUGUGCCUGCAAAACAAACUUGCCAUCAAACACAGCAUUCCGAGGGUUUGGCUUUCCCCAGUCAGCACUGGUGACAGAAACCUGGAUAACAGAAGUUGCAGAUAAAACCGGCUUAUCACCUGAAAAGAUUAGGGAAAUAAAUAUGUACAAGGAGAACGAGCAGACACACUUCAAACAAAAGUUUGAUGCACAGAACUUAAUACGGUGUUGGAAUGAAUGUCUGAAGAAAUCAGCAUAUUACAGUAGGAAAACAGCUGUCAAUGAAUUUAACAAACAAAAUUACUGGAAGAAAAAAGGGAUUGCCAUUGUACCAAUGAAGUUUCCAUUUGGACUAGGCACACGUUAUCUUUCUCAGGCUGCUGCUCUGGUUCAUAUUUAUACUGAUGGGUCUGUGCUUCUGACACAUGGUGGAAUUGAAAUGGGGCAGGGUAUUCAUACAAAAAUGAUCCAGGUUGCUAGUCGGGAAUUGAACAUCCCCAUGUCAUGUAUUCACUUCCGUGAAACAAGCACAACAACUGUUCCCAAUGCAUGUGCCUCAGUAGGAUCUGCAGGGACAGAUGUCAAUGGCAUGGCUGUGAAGGAUGCUUGCCAAACUCUUCUGAAACGCCUACAGCCUAUCAUCAGGAAGAACCCAAAAGGGACCUGGAAUGAUUGGAUUAAAGAAGCUUUUGAACAGAGUGUGAGUCUUUCAGCUACUGGCUACUUUAGAGGUUACAAUGAAAACAUGGAUUGGGAGAAAGGGGAAGGACAGCCGUUCACAUAUUUUCUUUAUGGAGCUGCUUGUUCAGAGAUUGAAAUUAACUGUCUAACAGGUGAUCACAAGAACCUCAGAACAGACAUUGUUAUGGACAUUGGAUGCAGCAUAAAUCCAGCUGUGGAUAUAGGGCAGAUUGAAGGUGCCUUUGUUCAAGGCAUUGGACUGUACACAACAGAGGAAUUAAAGUACUCUGCAGAAGGAGCUCUCUAUACUCGGGGUCCAGAUGAGUAUAAGAUCCCUGCAGUUUGUGAUAUUCCAGAACAGUUUAAUGUUUCCCUGCUGCCAUCUUCCCAAAAUCCUUAUGCCAUCUAUGCAUCCAAGGGGAUAGGUGAGGCAGGACUUUUCUUGGGAUGCUCUGUGUUCUUCGCUUUGAGAGAUGCCGUAACUAGUGCACGGAAUGGCAGAGGACUGAAAAAGACGUUUGCACUGAACAGCCCUCUGACAGCUGAACAAAUACGGGCAAACUGCGCUGAUGACUUUACUGAAAUGGUGACAAACAAUGAAUCUGCUUCCUCUGCUCCUUGA